CUCGGUUAAAAGAUUUUCCAGUAACGGCCAGGGGGUGCCGCAUAUUUGCGUUGGUUUUUUUCAUCGAUUGCCGAUAUCGCCAGUCGCCUAGCUCCUCCUGCCCAUCAUCAUGUCGACGACGUCUUUGCUUUCCACGCUUCCCGAACCCUUCAUCAACGGAAGCAUCACGUACCUCGUCCUUACGAUCGUCACCAUCGUCGUCGGGUUCUUUGCUCGCGUCACUGGCAAAGUCGACAAGGAACAUGCCUCGAUCUUCAUUCUGUUUUCCGCCAUGACGGGGUUCUGCUUGUGGAUCUUCUGGGCGUGUUGCUGGUUGCACCAAUGGCACGUGCUCAUUGUCCCCACAGCCAUCAACGAGUAAAGCGUCGAGACGAGAAGCGGUGCUGUCGACCGUGGAAUGAGCGAAAAUUCGACGACGUCUUUCAUAAUGCCAAAUAUAUAUUGUAUGCCUCGAUAA